AUGAAUGCUGUUGGAAGGCAGAGAUCUGGUGCAUCAUCGACUGUGCACCACCAGCGUCAGUACUCCGAUAAUUUUCUAGAAUCAUCAUCAAAUGGCCGAUGGCUGCAAUCAGCUGGUCUUCAGCACCUGCAGUCAUCAAACAAUGCAGUUCCUCCACUUCAGGAUUUUGGAUACUAUAAUGGAGGGGGUCAGGACUCGAGAAUGUAUAGGAGCGUGCAGGCGCAGAGGACUUACAGUGGAGGCAGCGAUUUGUUUGCUGAACCAUUGACGCCACCAGUAAAUUCACGGCCGGGAAGUCAGAGAAGGAACGGGGAGGAGCAAGUUUCGCCAAUUGAGUAUAGUCCAGGGCUUUUGGAUUUACAUUCUCUCGACACCGAACUACUUACUGAGAUGCCAGCUCCUAGUCUGUAUAAUGGCACCUCAAUGCAUUUUGCACGGGGGAGAAGCUUUGAUGACUCCGAUCCAUACCUUGGAAACAAUAAACAAAACAGCAAAGCUCGUGGUUUGCAGGAGAACAAUGUUAUGAAAAGCAUUGCAGCGGACAAUGUAAAGGCCAGCAAUGUUGCAAAGAUCAAAGUGGUGGUACGCAAAAGACCAUUAAACAAAAAAGAAUUGUCGAAGAAUGAGGAAGAUAUCAUUGAAACACAAUCUAAUUCUAUUGUCGUCCAUGAGACAAAACUUAAGGUUGACUUGACAGAAUAUGUGGAGAAGCAUGAAUUUGUCUUUGAUGCUGUGCUGAACGAGGAAGUAUCAAAUGAUGAGGUCUAUCGUGAAACUGUGGAGCCCAUUGUUCCAAUAAUUUUCCAACGCACCAAAGCUACUUGCUUCGCCUAUGGGCAAACAGGAAGUGGCAAAACCUUUACAAUGAAACCACUACCCCUAAAGGCUUCUAGGGAUAUCUUGAGGCUCAUGCAUCACACUUACAGGAAUCAAGGGUUUCAAUUGUUUGUAAGCUUCUUUGAGAUAUAUGGAGGAAAAUUAUAUGAUUUACUCAGCGAUCGGAAAAAGCUUUGCAUGAGAGAGGACGGCAAACAACAAGUUUGUAUUGUAGGCUUGCAAGAGUACAAAGUAUCAGAUGUGGAGACAAUUAAGGACCUUAUUGAGAAAGGAAAUGCAACAAGAAGUACAGGCACCACUGGUGCAAAUGAGGAAUCAUCCCGUUCACAUGCCAUUCUUCAGCUAACCAUUAAGAGGUCAACUGAUGGCAGUGAAACCAAACCUGCUCGAGUUGUUGGCAAGCUCUCCUUCAUAGACCUUGCUGGAAGUGAACGCGGUGCUGAUACUACUGAUAAUGAUAAACAAACUAGAAUGGAAGGGGCUGAGAUUAACAAAAGUUUGCUUGCCUUGAAGGAGUGCAUUAGAGCCCUUGAUAAUGAUCAGGGGCAUAUUCCAUUCAGAGGCAGUAAAUUAACUGAAGUCUUAAGGGAUUCAUUUGUUGGAAAUUCUCGUACUGUGAUGAUAUCAUGUGUUUCACCCAAUGCGGGGUCCUGUGAACAUACAUUAAACACAUUAAGAUAUGCGGACAGGGUGAAGAGCCUUUCAAAAGGGAACAACAACAAAAAAGAUGUUUUCUCAUCAACCUCAAAUCUGAAGGAAUCAUCAACACAACCCCUGUCAUCAGUUUUACCGCCUGCAUCAACAUUUGAAGAUGACACUGGUGAUUCAUGGCCUGAAAAAACUGACAGGGAAGAAUAUGACGAAGAGUUUUACGAGCAAGAGAAGCCAGCGUGGAAGCAAAACUCAAAAGUUGAAUCAUACCCUUUUUCUAACGUGGAUGAUAAAAUGAGGAGAGCCAACAAUCAGUCAAAGUGGAAGGAACCUCUUAAAUCCGAUAUGAAAUACUUGAACUCCGACGAUGAUUUGAACUCUCUAUUAAAGGAAGAGGAAGAUCUUGUCAAUGCUCAUAGGAGACAAGUGGAGGAGACAAUGGAUAUUGUUCGAGAGGAGAUGAAUCUAUUGGUUGAGGCAGAUCAACCAGGGAAUCAGCUAGAUGAUUAUGUCACCAGAUUGAAUACAAUCCUAUCCCAAAAGGCUGCCGGUAUCUUACAGUUGCAGAAUCGCUUGGCUCAUUUCCAAAGACGACUGAAGGAGCACAACGUUCUAGUAUCUUCUGGAAAACUAAGCUUUCUUGUAUUUCUACUAUGUGUUCUCUUCUCUUUGAAGAACCAACAUGCAGAAACCAACAAGGGUUCAUCACGAAUUACUGACACUUCACAUUCGUUUCUAAGGGCUCAAUCAAGAAAUAAGGUGGAAAGGAAGCUCCCAGAAACUCAUUCUUAUAAUUCUCGCCAGGGAUCGCUCAGAUAUGAUUACUACAAUGAAUCUUGCCCAUUAGCCGAGAAAAUCGUUCGAACAACUAUUCAUGAACUCUUCAAUCUGCGGCAAAAUGUUGCCCCUGCAUUGUUGAGGCUACUUUUCCAUGAUUGCUUUGUGGAGGGGUGUGAUGCUUCUGUUCUACUGGAUGCUGCUGAUGGAAUACCGAGUGAGAAAGAUUCUCCACCAAAUGAAUCUUUAAAAGGGUUUGAUCUGAUCGACAUCAUUAAGUCUAAUGUUGAAAAAGCAUGCCCCAGAAUCGUUUCUUGCGCUGAUAUUGUCGUUUUGGCGGCAAGAGAAAGUGUCCUUCUGGCUGGUGGCCCGUUCUACCCUCUGUAUACCGGUAGGAGAGACAGUAUAGUUUCUUUUCAAGAAGUAGCAACAUAUGAGCUUCCUACUCCCCAAGACAAUCUCUCUAAAACAAUUGAGGCAUUUGCAUCAAGAGGGUUUGAUCAAAGAGAGACCGUCAGUCUAUUAGGUGCCCACAGCACUGGUACGAUUCACUGCAAAUUCUUUUUCAACCGUCUUUAUAACUUCAGUGGAACUCAAGGGCCUGACCCCUCUAUAGAUACUGAAUUUCUCAACUUUCUGAGGUCAAAAUGCAAUAGAAGCCAUACCUCAUCAUCAACACUAUCUAUAUCACCCUCAUUAUCACCUUCACCCUCUGUCGAGCGCUUAUCAACUGCCUCCUUUAACGAUCCCACGAUGAAGAUGGACUAUGAGGGACCGGGAACAGGUUUUGGCACGGUAUACUACUCCAGUCUUCUUCAAGGCAAGGGAUUACUCUUUGUUGAUCAGCAGCUGACAGCAGGGGAAGAAACAGAGAAUUGGGUCCGAGCAUAUGCAUCAGAUAUUUCCCUGUUCCAAAGGGACUUUGGACUUACAAUGAACAAACUGUCCAAUCUCCAGGUCCUGACGGCACCAAUGGGCCAGGUUCGACUUAAUUGCCGAAAAGUGAACUGA